AUGGUCACUGGACUUGGCUCUGGCGCUGCAAACUUCCACAAGGACGUUUACAAAGCAGCAAAAGCUCACCUUGCCGAUCGUGUAAUGCCUGUACGAACGGCUGCUUUACAGUGCGUCACUGCCUUGGUACCAGUUUAUCCUCCAUUAUAUUCCACUGAACUUGAAGCAGUUGUGACAUUAUGCACAAAAGCCCUGGAUGGCUCUAACUAUGAAACUAGACUAGCAGUUGCAAAACUUCUUGGUGUACUUCUAGCUACUGCAUUGCAACCUCCUCCGUCUCCAAUAGGUAUGUUGCUUGCUCAUUGA